GUCCGCUAUGGCCUGAUAGGAUAAAAAAUAUCCGCUUUUGAUUGAUCAAAAUUUAAAAAUUACCUGUGUGUAUGUGUGAUGCAAUAAUCUAGAUGCAAAUCUGUGUAACAAUUAAAUCCGUUGACCGUGCUAAAACGGUCUUGUUGUUUUCACGCAUGAAGACUUCUAAAAACGUGUGACAUUGAAAAUUAUACAGUACCAUUAUUGCUCUUCCUAAAUGCGGACAAUUUUUCCUAAAAUUAUUAUAUAGUUAUUACCGGUACAAUAAAAUGCAGUCGGUGGUGUUUUGUUGUGCGUUGCACGUUGGGAUGUUUAUAUUUUACUUGCCAUUUUUGCUCGUUUCUACCCAAAAUAUUCCAACCGAAGAUGAACCUACUGGUACUUCUACACAACCUACUCCUGAAACCACUACACCCCUACCGAUAGGGCCAUUUAGUGUGGAAAUUUUGGCGAUUCAUGUACCACCUGGUAAUGGAAAUUCUAUAAAACUAGUGUGGGGCGGAGGCAGGGAUCAGGACAAGGCGAAUCUCACUUAUGGGAUUUACUAUGGUUCAGAAGAGGGAGAACUUGAAUAUCCAAAACUAACCACGCCCAACCUAAGCGCCCUGAUAGAAGACUUGGAAUAUUGUACAAAAUAUGAUUUCGCAGUUUCAGUUUUGGAGAAUAACGGCGUUGAAGCUGCGAAAGUCAAUCCGAACACCAUUAGAACAGUUAUAACGGGGAUAGAUCAGUUGGCAGCACCCGCUAAUCUGACGGCUGAUUUAGAAGCCAGAGCACAACCGUGUUUGGACAUCAAAUGGUCCUCGGCUUGUCCCAAUGUCGUCCAUCCCAUUGGUUAUGUGGUCUCCAUAUUCGAUAAAAAAAUCUCAAAAUACAAAGUGAUCACUUUACCGAAAACUAAAAGAUCCGACCUGGUUUAUCGUUUACCUGUUCAUUAUGGUGACGGCUACGAAAUCCGAGUGUCCACCACGUUUCCCGGAUCCAAGGCCGUCGGACCGCUCGAUUACCGGGUACCGGAACCGUUGCAGCCCUACAAACUGAAAGUGACUGUCAACCAGGAGGACGCGGCUUUUUUGAUUUACUGGACCGAACCUUUUGUACCUUUAACUAUCGGCCGAUAUUAUUAUCAGGUCUUCGUGUACCCCGGCCAAGACCUAGAAGCCCCCUACGAAAAGUACUACGUCACUAGACCGGUGAUGGUGUACAAAGGCGAAAGGGGCGAAUAUUCGUUUUGCGUUAAUUUGGCCACCAACGACCGGAAACACGUUUCGAACGCGACAAAACCCGUCUAUGCGAAUUUGAAUGGCGAAAGUUACGAAUUGAAUGCAACUUUUACUGAAACUCCCGACAGAUGAUGAUUAUUAAUUUAUUUAAAAUAUUUUAUACA